AUGUCGAGCAACCCAAUACAUAUGCCUGGCAUGAUCAGUUUUGACCCAGAACCUAGUCGAGCUUCACCUGCUCCAAGCAUGGUUAUGAGAGGAACACCUGUGCUUUCACUCGCUCCUCCUGGCGUUGGAGGAAGAAUUGAUGAAGAGGUAGAAGGCGAAGAUGAAUUGUUACCAGCCAUGGCGGACGAUGAUUAUUCCGCACAACUUUCGUGGCAGAGUCAGUCAAAGGACAAUUUGAAAGUCCUUAUGGAUAACUUCAGUCCCGCCCAGUAUGAGCGCUUCGAGGCUUAUAGGCGUCAUGCUCUUCCCAAGCAGGCCGUUCGUAAGGUCAUCCAGCAAUCGUUGGGUCAGCAGGUAUCCCAGCCUGUUGCACAAAUAGUAGCUGGCUUUGCCAAGGUUUUCGUCGGUGAGAUAGUGGAGAAAGCUCGUGCCGUCCAGUCACGUCGGGGAGACGUUGGACCUUUGUCUCCGGACCAUCUUCGCGAAGCGUACAGAAUGUAUCAAAUGGAGACUGGUCGUGUGGGUGCUGCCAGACCUCUCCGCUCAAAGAAGCUUUUUGUGAAAUAA